GUGAUCAUCUUCAUCCUAUAGAUAGGAACCUCGAAGAGAUAUAUUUGACUAUUAAUCAACGAUCAUGUCUCACAUCGCCGUUGAGAGGAAUCGAAGAAGGCAAAUGAAUGAGCAUCUUAAAUCCCUUCGUUCUUUGACUCCUUGUUUCUAUAUCAAAAGGGGAGAUCAAGCUUCGAUAAUCGGAGGAGUGGUAGAGUUCAUCAAAGAGCUUCAGCAACUGGUGCAAGUUCUCGAGUCCAAGAAACGUCGAAAGACACUAAACCGGCCUUCUUUUCCUUACGAUCACCAAACACUCGAGCCAUCCAUAUUAGCCGCAGCCGCGACCACCACCAACACAACCACUAGAGUGCCGUUUAGUCGAAUCGAGAAUGUAAUGACCACAAGCACAUUCAAGGAAGUGGGAGCAUGUUGCAAUUCCCCUCAUGCUAACGUCGAAGCCAAGAUCUCAGGCUCUAACGUUGUACUGAGAGUUGUCUCUAGGCGAAUUGAGGGGCAGCUGGUGAGGAUCAUAUCCGUCUUGGAGAAACUAUCUCUUCAGGUUCUUCAUCUCAACAUUAGCAGCAUGGAGGAGACUGUGUUGUACUUCUUUGUUGUUAAGAUAGGACUGGAGUGUCACUUAAGCUUGGAGGAUCUAACCCUUGAGGUUCAGAAAAGCUUUGUGCCUGAAGUCAUCGUUCCUACCAACUAAAACCAAAAGUAUACACGUACUAGCGUCAUAGCAUGUAUGGUUACAUGAGCAUACUCGACACCUUGCUAGAAACAAGCUCAAAUAAACUUAAUUAUUAUGGACUUGUAUUACUUAUGUUUUACUUUUAGUUUGUUUCUGUAUCCCAACUCGAUCAAAGUUGUAAUUUUCCAUAAUAAAUAAUCAGAGAUUAUGCUCUAA